CCGAUGCUUCCCUGAAUUUUUCCGAGAGAAUUAUCCUUCGCUUUCGAUUCUAUUGUUUUGCCGAGAAAAAUUUAUCGGAGGAGCUAGGGAGAUUUUGAAUUGAAUUCAGAUUGAAAAAGAAAUGACGACAUCGACGACCAGCACUGUGUACAUCCGCGUCAUCGAAGAUGUCAUUAGCAAGGUCCGUGACGAGUUCGUCAAUAGCGGUCCUGGCGAGAGUGUUCUCAACGAGCUUCAAGGAAUUUGGGAAAUGAAGAUGAUGCAAGCGGGAGUUGUGUGUGGUCCGAUAGAUAGGUCAUCCGCGCCAAAGCCGGCACCAGGCGUAACUCCAGUUCACGAUCUUAAUGUACCGUACGAAGGGACCGAGGAGUAUGAAACACCUACUGCUGAGAUACUCUUUCCCCCGACGCCUUUGCAAACUCCCAUUCAGACGCCAUUACCCGGAAGCACUCCAUUACCCGGAAGUACUCCAUUACCAGGAUCUGCGGAUAACUCAAUGUAUAACAUUCCUACUGGAUCUAGUGAUUAUCCCACUCCAGUAAAUGAUUCUGGUGGCAGUACUGAGGCUAAAGGUGGAAGUGGAAAUGGAAGGCCAAGCCCAUACAUGCCACCUCCUCCUUCUCCAUGGACGAAUCAGAGGACCCCUCUAAGUGUUGAUGUUAAUGUUGCUUAUGUGGAAGGGCGCGAUGAGGCGGAUAGAGGAACCUCUCAUCAACCCCAUACACAGGACUUCUUCAUGAUGUCAUCUGGAAAGCGUAAACGUGAAGAUUUCCCUACACAGUACCAGAAUGGUGGAUAUAAUAUACCCCAGCAAGAUGGAGCUGGAGAUGCUAUACCGGAAAUUUUCGAGCUUGAGGUAAGCCCAGGGAGUGGUUUCACUGGUAAAGGUAACACUGUCACCACCGCAAAUAGGGAGUCCCUAGUGCAUUCGUCCAGGUCAUCUGUGAAGAUUCCUCAACUGGAUGGGCCAAUUCCUGAUCCUUAUGACGAUGUGCUUUCUACUCCCAAUAUAUACUACAACCAAGGGGUUGUUAGUGAAGACUACAACAUAGUGAACACACCUGCUCCAACUGACCUACAGGCUAGUACUCCUGCUAUUGUUGCACAAAAUGAGGCUCUGGAUGAUGAUGAUGACGAGCCAUUGAAUGAAAAUGAUGAUGAUGAAUUGGAUGAUGUGGAUCAGGGAGAGGAGCUGAACACUCAACAUUUAGUGUUGGCUCAGUUUGACAAGGUGACUCGUACCAAAAGCAGAUGGAAAUGUGCAUUGAAGGAUGGAAUUAUGCAUAUAAACAACAAGGACAUUCUCUUUAACAAGGCAACAGGAGAAUUUGACUUCUGAUUUGUUGAAGAGAUGUUUGGUUGUCCAUCACGUGGGGUGUCACUCAGAAGAGUGAAUCGGGAAGAGUUGUUGGGUGUUUCGUAAAUUUCCUUUUAUAAAUUUCUGAACGAAAGGUUGAGGGAAGGGAGUGAGAUGGUUGGAUUUAAUAGCUUUUAAGACUGGUUGGACUGUUGACCUAUGUACAUAAAGAGGAGAUUUUUUAGCCUUAAAAAGUUAAAAUGGUUGGCUACUUAUUGGAGUUUACCAUUUUUCUAAUGGAAUCUGUAAUUCUGUUUAUGCCAUAUACAUGGAAAGUUUGGUUAAUUUACAAAGAGCAUUGUUUGUUUAUUUA